AUGGUGCGCAAGUCAACCUGUAACGAGAAGGAAAAGGAAAUUCAAGUGACGUCAGAACAAGCCGAAGUGUUGAUCAUUGCUGACUCCACAGCACUGAACUACGAGACAGGAUUCAAUCUGCGAUAUAUACAAGAUUCUGGACAACCUCUACCCAAACCACCGCCGUCGAUAUGGGUACCAGGAAGUGAGAACCGUGGAUUCCGUGGUGGAAGCAACAUCGGUGGUCCUGUCGAGAAGUUUAUUCUCAAUGUUAUUCCAAAAAUCAGGUGA